UUCGCUUUCAUGUAGCCCCGAGUCCGAGCUGCCAUACUCCUGUCUAUCCUCUUCCUUCGUUAAACCCUAUAGGCUUCUAUCUGCAACCUCCCACGACGUUGUCUCUGGUUCCUUUCCCAGAAGGAGACAUGAAUCCCUCCAAUCUCAUCACAUCCCCUUCUCUCCAGCACCACUCUUCUUCACUUCCCUCUCCCUUUCUUAAUCCAAAUCCUCUUUUUAUCAGAACCACUUCUACUCUUCCCAAACGCCGCCGUUUCAGGGUCUCCUUCCCUCGCAAUUCAUCGGCCUCCCUUGACCAACCUGCUUCUUCCCCGCCUCCCCCAUCUAUUAUCGGAGCGCAGAAGGAGCUCAAGGGAAUUGAGGUUGUCGUUGACAAAUUAUCGCCGCCCCUGAGGCUGGCCACAUCUGCCAUUAUCGUUGCAGGGGCUGUGGCUGCAGGAUAUGGGUUGGGUUUUCAGUUUGGUCGGAACCGAAAUGCUGCCAUUGGUGGUGCUGUGGCACUCGGUGUGGCGGGUGGGGCUGCUGCGUACUCUUUGAAUGCGUGUGCUCCGCAUGUUGCAGCCGUGAAUUUGCAUAAUUAUGUGGCUGGGUUUGACGACCCUGCUCGGUUGAAGAAGGAAGACAUCGAGAGCAUUGCAAACAAAUACGGUGUCAGCAAGCAAGAUGAGGCGUUCAAAGCAGAGAUUUGUGAGAUAUAUUGUCAGUUUGUCUCUUCUGUGCUUCCUCCUGGUGGCCAGGAACUUAAAGGUGAUGAGGUUGAUAGGAUCAUUAACUUUAAAAAUUCUUUAGGAAUUGAUGAUCCAGAUGCAGCUUCUAUGCAUAUAGAGAUCGGUAGGAAAUAUUUCAGGCAAAGACUUGAAGUUGGUGAUCGUGAUGCUGAUAUUGAACAGCGUCGGGCAUUUCAGAAGUUGAUAUAUGUGUCAAAUCUUGUUUUUGGGGAAGCAUCAUCCUUCCUUCUACCUUGGAAGCGGGUUUUCAAGGUCACUGAUUCCCAGGUUGAGGUAGCUAUUCGUGAUAAUGCCCAGAGAUUGUAUGCUUCCAAGCUGAAAUCACUUGGCAGAGAUAUUGAUGCAGGACAACUUGUUGCACUCAGAGAAGCACAACUUUCGUAUCGCCUUUCUGAUGAGCUUGCUGAGAGCUUGUUCAAGGAGCGUACAAGGAAAUUGGUUGAGGAAAAUAUUUCAGAGGCUGUUAGUAUGCUUAAAUCCCGCACCAGAGCAGUUCCUGGAGUUGGUCAGGCCGUGGAGGAGCUUGAUAAAAUACUGGCAUUCAAUGAUUUAAUCGUCUCAUUGAAGAGUCAUCCAGAUGUUGAUCGCUUUGCUCGUGGUGUUGGUCCAAUUUCAUUAAUUGGUGGUGAGUAUGACAAUGACAAAAAAAUAGAGGACUUGAAACUCCUUUAUAGAGCAUAUGUUACAGAUGCCUUGUCUGGUGGUCGCAUGGAAGAUAGUAAGGUUACUUCAUUAAAUCAGUUAAGAAAUAUAUUUGGGCUGGGCAAACGUGAAGCAGAGGCCAUUACACUUGAUGUUACGUCAAAGGUAUAUCGUAAACGGCUUUCACAGGCUGUUUCAGGCGGUGAUUUAGAAAUGGCUGAUAGCAAAGCAACAUUCCUUCAAAAUCUUUGUGAUGAAUUGCACUUUGAUCCACAAAAGGCCAGUGAAAUUCAUGAAGAAAUUUACCGGCAAAAGCUUCAGCAAUGUGUAGCUGAUGGAGAGCUCAGUGAGGAGGAUGUUUCUGCCUUGUUGAGGCUGCGUGUGAUGCUUUGUAUACCUCAACAGACUGUUGAAGCUGCACACUCCGAUAUCUGUGGAAGUUUGUUUGAAAAGGUUGUCAAGGAAGCAAUUGCAUCAGGGGUUGAUGGAUACGAUGCUGAAAUCAAGAAAUCAGUGAGAAAAGCAGCACAUGGUUUGCGAUUGACCAGGGAAACUGCUAUGUCUAUUGCAAGCAAGGCAGUGAGGAAGAUAUUUAUCAAUUAUAUCAAGCGUGCACGAGCAGCUGGAAACCGUACAGAGUCUGCAAAAGAACUCAAGAAGAUGAUAGCAUUCAAUUCCUUGGUUGUGACUGAGUUGGUGGAGGAUAUCAAAGGGGAGUCUGCUGAUACAUCAGUUGAUGAAUCAAAGGAAGAACCCGUUGAGGAAGUCCCACAAACUGAAGAAGAUGAAGAAUGGGAAUCUCUUCAGACACUUAAGAAAAUUAAACCAAACAAAGAACUUGCUGCGAAGGUGGGGAAGCCUGGUCAGAGUGAAAUAACUCUCAAAGACGACCUUCCAGAAAGAGACCGAACUGACCUUUACAAGACAUACUUGCUUUUCUGUCUAACUGGUGAAGUGAAGAGGAUUCCAUUUGGUGCUCAGAUAACUACGAAGAAGGAUGAUUCAGAAUACGUUUUUUUAAAUCAGCUAGGCGGGAUCCUGGGUUUGAGUGGUAAAGAAAUUGUCGAAGUACAUCGGAGUCUAGCUGAGCAAGCUUUUAGGCAACAAGCUGAGGUAAUCUUGGCUGAUGGGCAGUUGACAAAGGCCAGGGUGGAGCAGCUUAAUGAUUUGCAGAAGCAAGUAGGAUUGCCUGCAGAAUUUGCUCAGAAGAUAAUCAAGAACAUAACCACCACAAAAAUGGGUGCUGCCAUAGAAACUGCAGUAACACAAGGAAGGCUCAGCAUAAAGCAGAUUAGGGAGCUUAAGGAAGCUAAUGUUGAUUUAGACAGCAUGGUUUCAGAGAAAUUAAGAGAAACCCUCUUCAAAAAAACUGUAGAUGAUAUUUUCUCAUCAGGCACUGGGGAGUUCGAUGAGGAGGAAGUAUAUGAGAAAAUCCCAUCUGAUCUCAACAUUAAUAAAGAGAAAGCAAGACGAGUAGUUCGUGAACUUGCUGAAAGCAGACUAUCAAACUCACUCAUUCAGGCGGUGGCACUACUAAGACAGAGAAACCGUGAAGGAGUGGUUGCCUCACUCAAUGACUUGCUGGCUUGUGACAAGGCGGUACCUGCUCGGCCACUCUCAUGGGAAGUGCCAGAGGAGCUUGCUGAUUUGUACACGAUAUACCUGAAGAAAGAUCCGCCUCCAGAAAAAUUGUCUCGCUUGCAGUAUCUGUUGGGAAUAAAUGAUUCCACAGCAUCUGCCCUUCGAGAGAUGGGAGAUAGAUUACUUGAUGCUAGUGUUGAGGAGGAAAAGUUUGUGUUCUAAGUGUUGUAAUAAACAGAAUAAAAAAGGGUUCUUGAUUAGGCAUACUAGAAAGGCAGCAAGGCCGUUCCAUCUGGCCAAUUUUUAUACGCCAUUUUGUUUAGCGAUAAAAUAAUUUGAUUCUUAGAGAAGAGAUGAGUGCUUUGUUAGAAAUCGAAGUCCCAGAUAGCUAUAAAAUUGUGACGGUUCUUUCAACUUCUGUUGUUUCGCAUAACAAGAAUUAUUUUUUCGAAGUCCAGCUGAGCUUGUGUGUGU